CCAUUUUAAGAAGUCAAUUUAUUGACAAUGUAUAAUCCUGAAUGUAGAUGGUCAUAUUCAAGAUGGCUAAAAGGUGUAGUAAUUGAAGAAUCCACCUAUUUUCUGUAAAAAAAUUUGUCAGUUGUAAGAUACCAAAGAUAUUCCAAACUUCAAAGCCAACAUUUCCAUUAUUAUUAUCACUGUAUAUAAAAUAUCCAUUUAUUUAACUAGAAGCUGUAUCUGAAAAUUUCUGCCUAUGAAUAAUGUGAUGUUUCAUGCCAUGCCCUGCCAUUUAACAGUGCAGCCACGGAAGUCCAUCAGCUCUAGUGGGACUAAAGGCAUUGGUCCUCUUCCUGCUCUGGCAGCACCACAGUAGCCUCUUCCCAGUACACAAGGAUGCAAAGCCAGCAGUGAAGGCUCCUCUACUCCCCCUCCUGGGAGGCCCGAAGGUCAGCUGCUGCCUUCCCUCACAGAAUAAAUAGCCUGCUUUCUGCUCCAAAAAAGAAGCACAGCAGAGCUGGAUGGAUUUUGCAAAUGAAGGCAGGAGCUCGGAGGGGGUAGAGAUCAUCAUCCAGCUGUCUGUAGAAGACACUGUUCACUGGGACUGCUCUCUCCCGUGCUGAGGAAGCUCAGGAGUCCCCAGGACAUGAUCCUGCUUCAUUGCAACCCCCUCUCUCAGACUCUCUUAUGUCUGGGACACCCCAGAAUCCAGGCCCUCUUUCCUCCAGUAGCACCGUGGGGUAUUUUCCCUAGGAACCAGUCAGUGCAGCAGUAUGUUGAACAGCACCUGCAAUGUCAUCUCCAACCUCAAACCAGCUGAUUUCCACCAAUAACAAUGGUAUGAUCAGGUAAGAGGGCAGCAACGUAUCACAUUAAUGAUCCCAGCGCAGAUAGCAAUGUACAUUUACUACAAUCUGCCUGAAUGGCAUCUGGCAUUUUUAAUACCACUAUUCAACAAGAAUUAAAAGAAACAGCUCUAAACUAGGUGGAUGGAGGCAGGGUUUCUAAACACAGCUUUUGCAGAUUUAAAACCACAGCUUUUACACAAUAGUAGGAAAAACUAUACUGAAGAAGAAACACAAGCAGUUUGUAAAACUGAUAACAAUGGAGCAAGCCCUUAUGAAUGCUUCUCAACCCAUCAAUCAUACUGACUCCCAGCCACAUCACACCACCAUUCCACAGUCUACACACUUUGAGACAGACAUGAUUCCACACCACAUGGGAUUCCAAGAUCCCUCAGUUUCUGGAAAAUAGAUUUCGUCCCAAUUUCUGUGACAGAUGGAGUUGAUAGUUUCAGGAUGAAAAAAGCGCCAGUUGUGACAGGCAGCAGAUACCGAUGCCCCGUGUGGUUGGAGAUGAUGUUGCUCUGGAAUUAAGGUAGCACUGAAACGAAAGGCAGUGGGCAAAUGCACGACUACUUUGUUAUGCUCCUCUCCUUGUGCCUUAAUAUUUUUGUUUCUACUUCCUUGUAAACUGAAAGCGUAACAAGAAGGCAGGACUUCAGCAAGGCAUUUCGCUUUCAAUUAAAACUUAACAGAUUUUUAAAAACUUUUUCCUAGUUGGUAGAUCUAGUAUCAAAGAACUAUACUGGGAUCUACUGCAUUUCUGCCAACAGUCACCCUCGUAAGUCAGUGUCUUAAAACCGUGCACGAAAAUCUCAGGCAAGAAGCUGAGUCGAAUGACUUCAAAUUCGGUGGGGUAUGCGGCAAGUGGAAAGUUGUAAUACUGAAAGUACAGCAAAGAAGUACUUACAUGAUCGCACUACACCACUAGUAGUUAGCUUUGCUCUCCCGGAGAGUACUAGCACACUGAAACCAGGACCCCUGUUAUCAUCUCAGUAAGAACAAAGUCGGUCCCAUUUUGAGCCUAAUCCCCUCUACCGCUCUGAUAGCGGAUAUGCCCCCACUUGAAUUUCUGGGAAGCUUGGGUACACGCGUUACCCGAGCUAGAGAACUCGGUUUUCCCCUCCUUGCUGCAGGCAGCAGAAGCAGUGAGAGUGCCAAGCCUGCCGUGCCGGGCGCGGUGCUCCGAGCACCCCGCGGCCGCCUGGUCCCGCAGCGCCGGCCCGCGCUCCGCCGCCAGCGCCUCCCGCCCGGCCGCCGCGCCGCCUUAACGGGAGGAGGGGCUCCUCGGGGGGCUGUCACUCUCCUUAAGCCUUUCCUUUCAAGCUUUGAAUGUAAGCUGCCCUCCAGCCCCCCUCUCUCCUUCCCUCCCUCCAGCACAUCGUAAAGAGAAGGAGGGAAAAAAAAAAAAAAAAAAGGGUUUCAACAACAGGCUGGGCCAAUGGCAAGUGGCGAGGCAGGGAAAGGGGGCCGAGCGAAGGGAGCAAAAGUGGAGAAAGGGAGAAAGAGAGCGAGAAAGCGCAGGCUGGGGGGGUUGUGUAAAAGAAGAAGCGUUGCUAAUUUUUUUUGUUUGUUUGCUUUUCCAUGCAUGCAUAAUGAAGCCUAAUCAGAGCACGUUGCUGCUGCUCGGAGGGCACUUUUGUAUUUAAAGCCUUGCGAAGAAAAAAAGAUCCACAGACGGAUCCACAGAGCAGCUUGCAGGGCUUGUUGACAACAGAAGCAGCAUCAGUCGCCCAGAGAGAAAGAGACCGCGAAGGCUGCCUCUUCUCCUUUCCCCGUGCUCUCGUCUUGGUAGCGGGGAAAGACAUUUCUUCUCCGCACCACCCGAAAGCGUGAUCCGUAUCAAGAGGGAGUGAGUGGAGCCGGGACUGUGAAUGGGAUCGGAGUGGCUGGCAUGUGCAGAGAUGCUGCGAGCGGAGAGUUAAAAGCUCCCGAGGAGGCAGCAACAGCAGCUGGGCAUUUAUUUUGUGGGGAAAAAAAAAAAAAAAAAAAAGAGACGGAACUGCAUGAAGAGCAGUACAGCAACAUGAGCUCUCCCGGCGCAGCCUGUGAUUCCCCGAGUGCACCACGGAUCCGCUGUCGUCCGAGCCCCUGUUUGCACUGACUGCCCGCACCUCUACGGGCGCCUUCGCCGCCGCCUCGCCGAGCUCGGAGCAGCGGGUGGGGGACACGAGAAGGCCCCCGGGCGCCUGCUUCGUGCCGCGGUCCCGCCGACUUCAGCUCCCGGGGGCUGGAAAGCCCCAGGCCCGGCGCGCAUGGAUUGAUGCGAGGAGACCUCAUGCACACGGCCGGCGGGAGUUUUGGAAACUUUUCCACGGGCGGCAGCUCCUUCUCCUCCUCCUCCUCGUCUCCCAGCGCCUCUUUCCAGCUCGCCCGCGGCUGCAGCCACUACCCUCGCCCGCGAUGGGGGCCGGCUCGCCCGCUCGGCACGGAGGCGGCGGCGGCCGGCGCUGGCCGCGGGCGGCCGCCUGGCUGUGGUUGGCGGCGGCGCUAGGCGCCGUGUGGCCGCCUCGGGGCUCGCUGGUGCAGGGCCGGCGGCUGAUCUGCUGGCAGGCGGUGCUGCAGUGUCAGGGGGAGCCCGAGUGCAGCUACGCGUACAACCAGUACGCCGAGGCGUGCGCCCCGGUGCUCCUGCAGCAGCAGCCGCCGGCGGCGGGCGGCGGGGACGGCCCGGCGGGCGCUGCAGGCGCGGCCGCCUCGUCCAGGCGGCGGUGCCCCAGCCACUGCAUCGCGGCGCUCAUCCAGCUCAACCACACCCGGCGUGGCCCGGCGUUGGAGGACUGCGACUGCGCGCAGGACGAGAACUGCCGCGCCACCAAGCGCGCCAUCGAGCCCUGCCUGCCCCGCACCAGCAGUCCCGCGGGCGGCGGCCCCGGCGGCCCCGGCCCCGGCGGCCCCGGCGUCAUGGGCUGCACGGAGGCGCGGCGGCGCUGCGACUGGGACAGCCGCUGCAGCCUGGCGCUGAACCGCUACAUGACCUACUGCGGGAAGCUGUUCAACGGGCUGCGCUGCACGCCCGAGUGCCGCGCCGUCAUCGAGGACAUGCUGGCCGUGCCCAAGGCCGUGCUGCUCAACGACUGCGUUUGCGACGGGCUGGAGCGGCCCAUCUGCGAGUCGGUCAAGGAGAACAUGGCCCGCCUCUGCUUCGGCGCCGACAUGGGCGGCAACGGCGCGGGCAGCAGUGGCGGCUCGGACGGCGGCCUGGAGGAGUACUACGACGAGGACUACGAGGAGGAGCCGAGCCAGAAGGGGAGGGACGACGCGGAGGACAAUGCGGGCGCUGAGCCCGGCUUCCCCGUGCAGGCAGAUAACGCCGGUCGGCCCGCCGGGGCUGCCGGGGCGCUGCUCGCCUCCAUCUUGGUGCCGUUGCUGCCGCGGCUCUAGCAUCCCUCCCUGCCCGCAUCCCUCCCUGCCCGCUUCCCAUCGCUGCUUCCCUCCAUCGCUGCCUCCCUCCCCAUGCCCUUCGCCGGGCCGGGCCGGGCCAGGCCCCCCGCGCCGAGCCGCCGUGGGCCUCUAGCCGAGCCCUCCCGCGGCGGCCGGGGAUCCGGCCGGCGGGGCCCCUCGGCGCAGAGCGGCUUUAAGCGCUCUGGCCGCGGAUUCCCCGACCCGUCGCCCCGGCGCCCCGUCCCCUCGCGUCUCCCCCUUUGCCUCCGCUGCUGCCCGCAGCCCCCAGCCGACCCUUCCCCUGCGAGCCGGUCGCUGGAGCGGUGGCCGGAGCGCAGAGGCCGCUCGUGUUUCGGGUGUUGGUCUCGAGUGUGCACUAUGCAAUUGCUGCCACCCUGCCUUCGUGGUACUAGCGAGCGGAGCGGCUGGCAGAGACUGCGGGCGAGGCCGCCGGCCGCCCCCCGGGACAAACGGGGAGUCAUGGCGUGCUGGUACUGGGGGUCUUUUAAGAGUUUUGACAUGAAGGUUAGUAAGAGGUGAGCAACCCAAACUUGCUGCCAAAGCGUUGCCGUACUAGUUAGUCAGCAACUUGAUUGUCAUUAGCCGCAUCUCGCUCUUCCUGAUGCAGUUGUGCCCGAAAGGAAGGGGCUUACGCCGCAUCUGCCAUUAAAUUUAGGGAAAUAGCAGACUGAAUAAAUUCGGUGGUUUACAGCACUCCCUCUUGCACACACACGUAUUCCCUAUAACAAAAGCGUGCCAGCAGCCGUCUCUUCCUCUGUAACCUAGCGACAUUUAAAAAAAAAAUUGUUUCGGAGUUGUUGGCUACACUGAACAAUGCAACUUUUGUUUUAAAAGAGCUCUGCACUGCCAUCUUUGAAAGACACUUUUAAACUCGAGAACAUGUAUGUACAAAUAUCCUGAAAAAUUUUAUUGCCUCGUCAUAUCAGGGUGCUGACCUCUGGUAAAUCUUAUAUGAAAAAAAGUGUUUAAAACUGGGAUUUGUUACCAGUCGCUCUUCAUUGUAUAUAGAAUUUUAUAAAUUGUAUGCUUUGGGGAUAAUUUAUUUAAAAAAAUAAUAAAAAGUUUUAAUUCCACAUCCUAUUUGCCAGGUAGCUGCAUUCGCUAUUCGUUUCUGGAAAGGUACAGAUUUCACUUUAUGUUUAAAGGGAUACCAGCAACAGUGAUUAAGUGAAGUAUUCUCUAGAACAUCAAAUGUACAGUGUAUUUUACAGAUUGAAAGUUAACUUUCUUAUUUGGAGAGACUUUAUGAACGUUUUAGAAUUGUGUAAACGCAUUUCUGAGCUGCCUUAAACCUUGUAUUUUUUAUAGAAGGCGUAAAAAAGGCCUGUCUUUUAAAUAUGUAUGGCUUUUUUGUAUUUUCUAAACGUGUAAAUUAGUAAAGAAAGAGCUUUAAAUAAUGGUUGCAGUGAAAUUGUUUUCCAGGGACACUUGAACUCUCAGCACCCGAGAUGUGGGGAUGGGGGAAGAGAGGCGGGGAUCAAACCACAGAAUAACAAGCCAAAAAACAGUCAAAAAACAAAAAUCUGUGUCUGCCUGUAAUACUUCACAUAGAUGUAAAUUACUGCUAUUCUUACUUUAAUGGAUAAUUACAUGCAAGAAGUAAAUACAGCUUUGAAAGUA